CAGAGGAUAGGAGAGUCCACUAAUGCUUCAGAAGACAGUAAUGAGGGCAUCCCAGGAGUGUGGGGUGCUUGGGGUCCUUGGUCAGCUUGUUCGAGGACAUGCAGUGGCGGUGUGAUGGAGCAGACACGACCUUGUCUUCCUAGCACUUACCGCAUGAGAAGUUACCAUAGGCCUGGGGCUUCAUUCCCAGCUUCAGAGAGGGCUCUCUCCUACCAUUGGGCACAUCUUCGUGAAGAUUCAGGAAGUCCGUAUUCCAGCCAUGUCAUCUCUGCCAUCCGCAAUUCUGUUCCCCUCCAUAGAAACCAGGAUCAGAGAGCAGGACUGCAGUCUGCUGCCACUUUUGGGGAUCGGAAUGAUAGCCAUCUAAACCAAGGGAUCUUAAGGGGCAGUCGUCAAUCACACUCUCGAGGGAGGGAACCAAAAUCAGAAAGAAGGAGCAGGAACAGAAGUCCCAUUGCUCCUGGAAAAUAUGGCUAUGGGAAAGCCCCAUACAUAUUGCCACUGCAGACAGACACUGGACAGCCACCCCAAAGGCUUCGGAGACAGAGGCAGUCAGCUCAGCAUCAAAGAUACCGUGGGGAAGCUGGUCCCCAUUACAACCACCCAGCAAAUCCUUCUGUACAGCGCAGGCAUCUCUACCAAGGCAACCAUGGCUCUCAGCCUAGACUCCAACCCUUAGAAUCCUCUAUUUAUCAGCCAUCUUUAUCCCGUGUCCAGGGUUUUCCUGCAACUCCAAGUCUAUUCCAUGGCAUGGAAGUGAGUACCAGCCCUGGUGGAGGGUCCCACCGUCCAUCUCUUCGUCCACCCCAUAGCUUUUCUCAGCCUCACCGAUCUACAGAGAUUAUGUGCAUUGGAGCUUACCGACAAUACAAGCUCUGUAAUACCAAUCAAUGUCCAGAGAACAGUAGAAGUAUCCGGGAAGUACAGUGUGCAUCUUAUAACAACAAACCUUUCAUGGGUCGGUUUUAUGAAUGGGAACCAUUUGCAGAAGGUGUUACUGGUUUAUAUGGUGUGAAGCCAGUGGCUCCUAGUAGGGCUGUCAGGAAGAAAGGGCUGAAGAAAAUUCCUAGUUCAGGCACCUCCUUGUCUGUACUUUACAUUUGCGGCUUCCUCUGUGAACCAGGAGGGUACCUGGUCCUCCUCGGGGUAUUUGCUGUUGCCAGAGCAUAUCAGCCUCCAGUCUUGGCAGAGUAUUCCUUUGGCCAGACUGAAAUUCCUGGGCUGAAAGGGAUUUCGGACGACUUAUGA